AUGCCCAUCAACUCGGCCUCAGGCUCGACCUGCACCAUCAACCUCCUCCAGCCAAACGCAAUACCCAACAAACUGCCAUGUCGGGAAUACCGUUACCGAUCGACAAGAGACCCGACCACUGGGGCCAUCCAAGAGAUUGUCACUAUCGAGUCCCAACAUGCCAGUCCAUUCGAAAUCUUGCUCGACAUCAAGCCCAACAUCUAUUUACUCAAUCAUCCCACCAUGACGACUACCUCCAGCUAUCCAACGAAUCAAUCCCUCAAACUCAACGACUGCCUUUACUGGAUUUACUUGGAUGGGAUCGAGAUCGGCUGGACGUAUACCCAGGGUCCAGGGCCACACUGGAUCGAUCUUUCGACCCUUGUCUCGGCCGAUUUCUCGACUUGUCGGGCCUUACAAUUCGCCCCGGUCAACCUGGUCGACCCGGACAGUCAGGAUCCGGAUCCCGAUCGAUCGAUCUGCGAAAGUCCUCAACUCGCUCGGCAUCAUUCGAGUCGACAUCUUCCGAUGUAA